AUGGCUUCUCGUGGUGGUGUUAUGGUGACUGGUACCAACGGUGCCGAUUUCGAGCAUAGAGAGAAAAUAGCUGCACAAUAUCAGAUCAGUGCUCUAAACAAGUCCCGGUUGAAGUACUGCGUGUUUUUCCAUCACAUGAUGUUCUUGGCGAUGUUGGCCAAACUCUCCGCUGACAUCCUAGACAAACUUGACAUUUUUAUACUUGAGAUUGAAGAGUUGCAGAUACCACAGCCUCUUUGGUGGGAAUACAUUUGGUGUUUAUCUUUACUACUCUCCUUCUUGGGCCUAUCAGCAAUCAAACGGAACAAUAUCAAACAACUGAGGCGGUACAUGUACGGAGUGACAGCCCUGGGCUACGGACCACUGCUGUACUGCGUACUGUAUUAUUGUGGUGAUGUGUGGCGGUACCUCUCUAGUGAUGUUGAUGAGGAUGACAGCUCCGAAGUGGAGAUUGAGUUGUGGCAGGGUUAUCCGUACGGCCUGCUGUGGUACGCGUUCGUGCUCCUGGCGUCCCAGAUCCACUUCUUCCAGCUCUACUUCUCCUACAACCUGCUGAAGGCGUGGCGCGCGAGGGGCGCGCUGAGGAAAGCCGACUAG